AUGUCUAAUCAAGAGACUGUACCAGCACCUGCUCCCGUUGUGGAUGCCCAGCCAGAGGCACCCAUCGCUCACGCAUCUGAGUCCAUUGAUGUUGAACUCCCCACUUCUGCCGCCGAUGGCCUUAUCCAGAAGCCAUUUGCCCGGCCCCUGGAUACCGUUAGGCCAGCAGCCCCAGCACAGCUGACUUCGGAUCAAAAGUCCAAGUACGAAGCUGUGCUCAAGACCGUUUCAUCUUGGACCACAGUCCCUACUAAGGCUGAAAAGGGUGCUCCAAAUGCACCCAUCACUGAAGAUGAACGUAUGUGGUUGACCCGCGAGUGUCUCCUGCGUUACCUGCGCGCGACCAAAUGGAAUGUAUCCGAGGCCGAGACUCGCCUCCUGAGCACCUUGACCUGGCGCCGGGAGUAUGGCCUGGAAAAGUUGACCCCCGAUUACAUCUCCAUCGAGAAUGAGACGGGCAAGCAGGUCAUUCUGGGAUAUGAUAUCCACGGAAGACCUUGUCUGUACCUGUUGCCUUCUAACCAAAACACGGAGAAGAGCGACCGUCAGCUCGAACAUCUUGUCUUCAUGCUGGAACGGGCAAUUGACCUGAUGGGGCCUGACCAGGAGACAAUUGCACUGCUGGUCAACUUCAACGAGACCAAGUCUGGCCAGAACGCUAGCAUGGGUCAGGCCAAGCAGACCCUCGGCUUCUUGCAGAACCACUACCCUGAGAGGCUUGGUCGAGCUCUUGUGAUCAAUGUUCCAUUCAUGAUCUGGGGAUUCUUCAAGUUGAUUACUCCCUUCAUUGACCCCAACACCCGGGAGAAACUCAAGUUCAACGAGGACCUGCGUCAGCACGUCCCACCCAGUCAACUCAUGAAGUCUGUUGGAGGCGAUGUUGAAUUCCGCUAUGAUCAUGCGACCUACUGGCCUUCUUUGAACAAGCUGGCCGAGCAGCGCCGGGAAUCCUACCGUGAGCGCUGGGUCAAGGGUGGCAAGCAAAUCGGCGAGCUCGAGAAUUACCUGAAGGGCGAGAACACCCCGAGCCUGUCGGAGGCUAUGGCCGAGGUUGAAGCCAAAGCCAGCGAGUGA